AUGGAUCGUCGCACUCAUCAUCAUCAUCUGAAAGCACCGGCGCGAUGUUCGUCGUCGGACAACAAAACAGAUAAAGCAUCCACUUCCGGGAAAAAUCCUUCGUCUUCUCUUCAUCCUCCUCCGUUGUUUAAAUUCGGAUUACUGGCGGACAUUCAGUACUGCGACACGGACGACCGGACGAAUUUCAGCGGCUCGCAAGUUCGGAGGUACCGAAACGCUCUGAACGUCGCCAGGAACGCGGUGGAGCACUUCAAUUUGCACCACCAUGAACUCGAGGAGGAUACCACCACCCUAAACAACACGACGACUGGCGGCGCGAGAUCCGCAAAGACGCGGGGCAUUGAUUUCAUCGUCCACAACGGGGACAUCAUCGACCACCAGUGCGCGUUUGAUUUCCAAACGGAUUCGUUUAAACCGAUAUCGGAAGGCCGCCGGCAAUUGGCGGACGUGAUGGAGAUUUUAGAUCAGAGCGCGUGCCGCGAGUGGAUAUUUACCAUCGGGAACCACGAGUUGUAUAAUUUUACGCGAAGAGAGUUAAUCGACGGCGUGGAUUUGAAGAAAGAAGGAAUCGAGUCGUAUUCGAAAGAUGGAUUAACGUUUAAGUGCGCUUCUGAGGAUGGGGAUUUGUAUUACGCGAAGAAACCACACGAGAAAUGGAAGGUGAUUAUAUUGAACCCGUACGACGUGUCGAUUUAUAGCAAAGGACGAGAGCAAGGGUUGGACGAGGAGGCUUUGUCGUUGUUGAGAAAACACAACCCGAACGCGGAUAAGUGGUGCGACGAGAAUCCAGACGUCGUGCAAACAGAGAGGAUGAGCGGGACGUUUCCGUAUUUUAAGGACUUAGAGGGGUUGAAUGGGAGGUGGGUGCCGUUUAACGGCGGCGUCGGAGCGACGCAGCUGGAAUGGUUGAGAGCAGAAUUGAAAAGUUCGAAAGAGAACGAAGAGAAAGUGUUGAUUUUUUGCCACUUACUCGUGCACCCGAAAACGACCAGCGGAACCGGGAGAACGUUGUUGUGGAAUUACGACGAAGUUUUAGAAGUGAUACAAAAAGUCGGCGACGGGUGCGUCAAAUGCGUCUUCAGCGGGCACCAACACGAAGGCGGCGUUCACGUGGACGAGCUUGGCACGCACUUUGUCGUUUUGGAGUCGCCAAUGUUAGCCAGCGACGAAGAUAAAGGGCAUCCGGGACCGUUUUGUGUCGUCGAGGUGAACGAAACGAGUGUUUUGAUGAAAGGUUUCGGGAGGAGUUUUGAGAGUCGUCUGUUCCCGUACGAAGAAGGAUUGGAAAACGUAGAGGCUUUAGAAUAUAAGAUUGCGUUGUAA